CCGCAGCCAGGGAUGAGAAACUUGUCCCGGAUAUUUACCUAACUCUACCUGGGCCGUCUGGCGCGCCCCGCUCCGAGGCUUUCACACCGGACAGCGGCUCAGCUCCCAAGAACAUGGUUCGCCUCUGACGUCGGACGACUUAGAAAGAGUCUGAGACGAGCCAGCGCUGAAUCCAUUAAUUGUUCACCUGAAAACCCAAGGCAGAACUCAUGUCCUCACUCAGUGAAGAGCUAAGGGCAGGGUGUUUGUCUUGAGAGGGAGGCAGAGUUACCGUGGUAACAGACAUGCCAAAACCGGACCUGCUCUGCCUAGUUCAGCUGCUGGACGGCACCAUCCAGACCUUCAGAGUCAGCAAGCAGGAUGAAGGUGUGGUACUGUUGGACCUGGUAUGUGACCACCUGGGCCUGCUGGAGAGGCAGCUCUUCAGUCUGCAGCUCAGAGACUCCAGCGCGGCCAUCGCCUCCAUCGCAGCCAACACACACUCUCCUAGGUGGUUGGAGCCAGAAAAGCCCCUGAAGAAGCAGAUGAAAGGCCUUGUGUCGCCCUUCUAUCUGAACUUCAGGGUACGAUUCUUCAUCUCUGACCCCAACUCUCUGCAGCAUGAACAGACAAGGCACCUGUACUUCCUCCAGAUCAGGAGUGACAUCAGAGAGGGAAGGUUGCAGUGCCCGCUGAGUGCAGCUGUCGUGCUGGCCUCUUAUGCUGUUCAGUCGGAGCUGGGUGACCAUGUCCCGUCCCGGCUGCCUGGCUACCUGUCGAAGUGCCGCUUCCUCCCUGAGCAGGACGAUGACUUCCUAUCCAGAGUAGAGGAUCUGCAUCCACAGCACAAGGGGCUGAAGCAGAGUGAGGCAGAGCUGUGCUUCCUCAACACGGCACGAACACUGGAGCUGUAUGGAGUGGAGUUGCACGCUGCCAUGGAUCCCAACAAUGCCCAUCUGCUGGUGGGUUUGGCCUCAAGUGGUGUUGCGGUAUUCUGCAAUAUGAUUUGCUCCAGUUUCUUCCCGUGGGGGAACAUCAUUAAGAUCUCCUUCAAGAGGAAGCGCUUUUUCAUCCAUCUUAAACGAAAACAUGGUGAGACCCAGGACUGUGUAGUGUCUCUGGCUCUGCCCUGUCCCAGGACCUGCAAGAACUUGUGGAGGUCCUGUGUGGAUCAUCACUCCUUCUUCAGCUCCAGCCGCACCGCCAAGAGCCCAAAACACAACAACAGCACAAUUCAAUCCUACAGCAAACUGCUCACACAGCACCUGGGCCUGGGGAACACAAAAACAGAGAGUGGUCCAGUGUGCCGGCGUGUGGUGGGAGGGAUGGUGUGGAACCCCGUCCUGCAGAGGUCGAUCUCAUCAGAGUAUCUCGAGACCAAGAGUCUGCCCUCCAGAUCCCCCCCAACCACACCCAACUGGUACGACCCGCAGACUCAACCUCAGCCAUGGCGAAGUCCUCGGGUUCGACAUGGCAUCCGUAAACCCCGCCCAUCUUCAGUGGAGCUGACCAAUGAUCUGAAAGACAUGUCAGAGGGAGAGGAUGUCUUCUACACAUACAGGGCCUCUGUCAGCAGCAGCAAGGACAGCGAGGGAGACACUUCGCCACAGCGGCUCUCUGGCACACAUAGCCAAGGGCAGGAGAGUUGGUCACAGAUUGAUGACAUCAGCACCGGAGAGGAGGAUGGUGAUCCUAGUUCACACGACUGGGACAGGGGUGCUCUCGGUGAUGGUGACCUGCUGCUGAUACGCAUUGCCCCAGAUAACGAGGGCAAGUUUGGCUUCAAUGUUAAAGGUGGUGUGGAUCAGAAGAUGCCUCUUGCCAUAUCUCAUGUUAAGCCCGACUCCCCGGCAGGUCGAUGUGAGCCCAAACUCCUGGAGGGAGACCUGGUGGUCCUCAUCAAUGGUCGAGACAUUUCCGAACACACACAUGACCAGGUUGUCAUGUUCAUACGCGCCAGCAGAGAGUCUCAUUCCAGGGAGCUGGCCUUGCUCAUCAGACGAAAAGGUCCUGGGCGGGUCGCACCCAUGCUGCAAUUCCCCCCCACCCUCACACUCACCAGCCAAUCACAGGGAGAGAAGCCGCAGUCGCCUGGCCAGUCAGAGCGGGUCACCACACUGGAGGAAUCAAUGAGACAGCUGGGGAGAGGAAUACAGUCAGGCACACUCUCCUUCCACUUCGAGAAUCUAUACAGGAGGAAGCCUGGCCUCUCGCUGGCCUGUGCUCGGCUCCCUGAGAACAUGGACAAGAAUAGAUACAAGGAUGUUUUGCCUUAUGAUGUUUCCAGAGUGGUGCUACAGGACCCGGAGGACUACAUUAACGCCAGCCACAUCACGGUGGCGCCCCCUGUGUCUGGUGUGUGUUUACGUUAUAUUGCGGCUCAGGGUCCACUGCCACAGACCUGCACUCACUUUUGGCAGACUGUUUGGGAGCAACAGACACACACCAUCAUCAUGCUUACUACUCUCACAGAGAGGGGACGGACCAAGUGCCACCAGUACUGGCCGAACCCGCCGGAAGUGCGGGAUUAUGGGCACUUGCGGGUGAGCUGUCACUCGGAAGAAUGCAACCUGGCCUAUGUCACACGGCAGUUCACCCUGACACACACCAAGCGGGGUGAGGAGCGUGCAGUCACACACCUUCAGUACGUAGUGUGGCCAGACCACAGCGCACCGGAUGACCCCUCUGACUUUCUGCUGUUCAUCAGCUCUGUCAGAGAGAGGAGGAGAGGGGAGGAGCCACUAAUGGUUCACUGCAGUGCUGGGAUUGGACGCACAGGUGUUCUGAUCACUAUGGAAACGGCGCUGUCUCUGUUGGAUAAGGGUCGACCUGUGUUCCCGCUGGACAUUGUCAAAACACUGAGAGACCAGCGAGCCAUGAUGGUUCAGACGACGUGUCAGUUCCAGUUUGUGUGUGAGGCCAUACUUCGGGUCUACAAAGAGAAACUUAAAGGAUCUGCAGCCCCGUAGCCCAUCUGGUCACUGCGAGCUCACCGCAACAGGACCAGAACAGACACACAUACCAGCUCAGCCUCAUCCUACCUACAUUACCAUCAGAGAUCCACUACAAUCUCUGCUAUGGGACCAAUAUACAGACUGGAUAAGAGUAUAGCUAGCCACAGAGCGCAGCCCUCUAGCCUAAAUUCAUUGUAAGAAUGUGAAUCUUACACCUAGCUGGCCUUAGUUUUUUGCUGACAGUGCAUUAACCUUGUAGAGGCCGUGGUCUCCAUAGAGACUGAUAUAAAAUGGAUGUGAGCUGCUACUCUCUGUCUGAGAGGCCACCCAGGACUGAUGCCUCUGCUUACCACUAAGCGAUGUAGCCCUCCACAGAGCCAUGCCUUAGACUGACAUCUCCCCGAUGGCUGAUCGAACAGGGCAGCGGGACUGGGCCAGGAUUGUUUCUAUCUGUACUUUAUCUGCGUGUGUCCUGCCUGAGACGCAGACAACGACAAGCUUUAGAUCACUCCAGCAGAUAAGGUCACUGCAGCUGCAGCACCAUGUGCAGACUGUCGGAGGGGCACCGAACCUACUGUUCUCCCAAUCACUAUUAAAUUAUUAAGACACUGAAUAAACACGCUGAUUUAUACUGA